ACAUAACGAUUAGAUAGGGUUAUUUCUAAUCACCGAUCACCUAGUUCUCCCCCACGUUUCAGUGCUUUCUAAAUAUUACCACAGCACGGUGAAUUAUUGUCAAAAUGGCACCAGCAUACAAAUUAAUUUAUGGUGACUAUAGAGGUCUAGGCGAAACGUCUCGUUUUCUUUUCAAAUACGGUGGAAUAGAGUUUGAAGAUGCCCGCGUCCAGUUUGAAGACUGGCCCCAGUGGAAAGAAAAAACUCCAUUUGGUCAAUUUCCUCUUCUGGAACACAACGGCAAACAAAUAAACCAGAGCAUCGCGAUUGCUCGCUAUUUAGCCAAUCUUGUCAAACUUGCAGGGAACGACGACUGGGAAAAUUUGGAAAUUGAUUCCAUCGUGGAUACAAUUAGCGACAUUCGACAAAAACUGGUUCCCAUUGGCAGAGAGCAAGACCAAACCAAGAGGAAGGCUCUUAUUGACACUCUAAUUAAGGAGUCGUUUUCGUAUCACCUUCCUCGUUUAGUGAAAAAAAUAAUGGUUAUUUGGCACUUGUUGACGUGGGCUGAUUUUUACUUUGCUACGAUUUCUCCAAUGUUUGAUGCCAUCACUGGCCAGGAUUGUCUGGCCAAUUACCCAAAAUUGAAAGCUGUGAGAGACAAAGUUAACGAACUCCCAGCUAUUAAGAAGUGGAUUGAAACUAGACCAGUUCCAGAAAUGGCACCAGCAUACAAACUUACUUAUUUUGAUGGCUGUGGAGUGGCCGAAACCUCUCGCUUCCUCUUCAAAUACGGAGGAAUCGAUUUCGAAGAUGUCCGCAUAAAACAAGAAGAUUGGCCCCAGUGGAAACCAAAAACUCCCUUCGGUGUGGUCCCCCUUCUCGAACACAACGGAAAACAAGUGGGCCAAAGCAUCGCCAUUGCACGUUAUUUAGCCAAAAAAGUCAAACUUGCAGGAAAUGACGAUUGGGAAGACCUGGAAAUCGAUGCAGUUAUCGAUACAGUUCACGAUUUGUAUCAGAAGUUGGGACCUAUAUAUUACGAGAAGGAUGAAUCUAAGAAGAAGACGCUGAUUGAAACUGCUCAGAAAGAAACGAUUCCUUAUUAUUUGUCGCGUUUCGAAGAACUUGUUAAAAAUAAAGGAUAUUUGGCGUUGGGCCGGUUGACCUGGGCCGAUUUCUACUUUGCUACAAUGUCUCCGAUGUUCGAUUUAUUGACUGGAGGGGACAACUUGGCUAAAUAUGCCGAUUUGAAGGGUUUGAAGGAAAAAGUGAACGGGUUCCCGGCCAUUAAGAAGUGGAUUGAAGUUCGACCAAAGAGACCGUUUUAAAAC